UGGUCGGAGGAGCGGAGCGGGGGGAGGCAGUGUGUAAGUGGGACUCCCCGCGCGGAGCGUCGGUUUGCUGGAGUGCCUGUCUCUCGGCUUCUACGCGUUGGGGACGCUUCGCCUGAAAGGUCAGCCUGGAGCGAGUCUCCGCGUGGAGGAGGAUCGGACACGGGCAGCGGCACCAUGAAACGCUCCUGGGCUUGGGGGAUCGCUUUGCUGUCGCUGCUUCUGUGCACACCAACAGGAGGCAAAAAACCAUUUAUUACUCCAGCAAAAUCUUAUUUGGUUGUGGAUAAUAACCAAGAAUUAAAGCUGUUAUGUAGUGACAAUGACCUGGUGAUCUGGGAUUUUCAGAACACAGACCCAUCAGCACAAUCAAAAACCUUUGAAAAAAAGGAAUUUUACAUAAAGAAUGCAAAAGCAAGAGACACAGGAACAUACACAUGCAGAAACAGAGAGGGCUUGAACAACUCAAUUUAUGUUUUUGUUAAAGACCCACAGAUCCUGUUCUUUCCAGAGUCCCCCAUAUUUGCAAAGGAAGACAGUGAUGCUCUUAUUCAGUGUCCAGUGACAGAUCCGGACAUUUCAAAUUUCUCUUUGAAAAGAUGUGAUGGCAGACCUCUUCCUGAGAAAAUGGAGUUAGUUCCGGAUCCGCAGAAAGGAAUCACCAUCAGAAAUGUACAAAGAGCAUUUGUAGGCUGUUACAAGUGUGUGGCGCAACAAAAUGGAAUUGAGAGGAUGUCAGAGGCCAUUAGGCUCGUUGUGAGGGCAGUUCACAAAUCCCUUCCAGACAUCACCUUAUCCAAAGGCAACCAGCUUCUCAAAGAAGGUGAAGAAUUUGAAGUUACGUGCACAAUCAAGGAUGUAGAUAGCACUCUGCAAGCUAAUUGGAUUUUUCAAGGCAGCGCGAGUGUUACAAGGAAAAGCAAGAAUAUGGGUGAUUUUGAAUAUGAACAAAAAAUAAAGUUAAACAUCCGUUCAGUGGGAGUUAACGAUUCUGGAGAAUUCACAUGCCAAGGAAGAAACCCUUUUGGAACAUCCAAUGUCACUAUAACCUUGAAAGUACUAGGUAAAGGAUAUGUCAAUUUAUCAGCUUUAACAAACACAACGGUAAAUGUAAAUGAAGGAAAAAAUGUGGACUUAAUAGUGGCAUACGAGGCAUACCCCAAACCAGAAGAAGAAGUAUGGCUGUGCAUGAAUGGAACAUUGCAAAAUUCAUCUGAUCAUUACGUCAAAGUCACAAAUGUGGACAAAAACAGAUAUUCCAGUGAGCUUCACCUCACUCGACUGAAGGGAACAGAAGGAGGCGUUUACACAUUUUUUGUGGCCAAUUCAGAUGCCAACUCCUCUAUAUCAUUUAAUGUCUAUGUGAACACCAAGCCAGAGAUUCUCACUUCAGACAGACUUAGCAAUGGAAUGCUUCACUGUGUUGCCUCUGGGUAUCCUGCACCUAGAAUAGACUGGUAUUUUUGCCCAGCAACUGAGCAAAGGUGUUCAGAUUCACCAAACAUUGAUCCAGUGAACGUGAAGACUAAAGAUUCGCCCCUUCCUUCCUUUGGGAACAUAAUAGUCGAAAGCACUGUUGAUGCCAGCAUGUUCAAGAGCAAUGGCACAAUUGCAUGUGAGGCUUCCAAUGAUGUUGCCAGCAAGACAGCUUUUUUCAGCUUUGCAAUUAAAGAGCAAAUCAGUACCCACACCCUUUUCACUCCUUUGUUAAUUGGCUUUGGAGUAGCAGCAGGACUGAUGUGUAUCACCGUAAUAGUUCUCGUGUACAAAUAUCUCCAGAAACCCAAGUAUGAAGUUCAGUGGAAAGUAGUUGAUGAAAUAAAUGGAAACAACUAUGUUUACAUUGAUCCAACGCAGCUUCCUUAUGAUGACAAAUGGGAGUUUCCUAGAAACCGGCUAAGUUUUGGCAAGAUACUCGGAGCUGGAGCAUUUGGGAAAGUUGUUGAAGCAACUGCCUAUGGCCUGUUCAGACCUGAUGGGGCCAUGAGAGUAGCCGUAAAAAUGCUCAAGCCCAGUGCCCAUUUCACCGAAAAAGAAGCCUUGAUGUCAGAACUGAAAGUGCUGAGUUACCUUGGCAACCACAUGAAUAUUGUGAAUCUGCUUGGAGCCUGCACUGUUGGAGGUCCCACUCUGGUCAUCACAGAAUACUGCUGUUAUGGUGACCUUUUGAAUUUUCUGAGAAGGAAACGUGAUUCUUUUAUUUGCCCAAAGCAUGAAGAAACAGCUGUUUACAAGAACAUUCUCCAUCAAAGAGAACGUGUAUAUGAUGCCACCAAUGAAUACAUGGACAUGAAACCAGGAGUUUCUCAGGUCAUCCAUGCCAAAGCCACUAAAAGAAGCCCAGGGAGGCCAGGAUCAUUUGCUAAUCAGGAUGUCACCAUUGCCAUCUUAGAAGAUGAUGAACUGGCUCUGGAUAUAGAAGACCUAUUAAGUUUUUCCUAUCAAGUGGCGAAGGGGAUGAGCUUCCUUGCGUCUAAAAAUUGCAUUCAUAGAGACUUGGCAGCAAGAAACAUCCUCCUUACUCAUGGUCGGAUAACAAAAAUCUGUGACUUUGGUCUUGCAAGAGAUAUCAGGAAUGACUCAAAUUAUGUGGUCAAAGGAAAUGCACGACUUCCUGUGAAGUGGAUGGCCCCCGAAAGCAUCUUUGAAUGUGUGUACACAUUUGAGAGUGAUGUCUGGUCUUACGGGAUACUGCUUUGGGAACUCUUUUCUCUAGGAAGCAGUCCCUACCCUGGAAUGCCUGUAGAUUCCAAGUUCUAUAAAAGGAUUAAGGAAGGAUACAGAAUGUUCAGUCCAGAAUUUGCACCUGCCGAAAUGUACGAGAUCAUGAAAAGUUGUUGGGAUGCUGAACCUGUCAAGAGGCCAACCUUUAAGCAAAUUGUACAACUGAUCGAACAGCAGAUUUCAGAUACCACAAACCAUAUUUACUCGAAUAUUACAAGUGGUCUUUGCAGUCAAGGAAAUGCUGCAGAUCACUCAGUGAGAAUUAACUCGGUGGGCAGCAGCGCUUCGUCUACUCAACCUCUACUUGCACAUGAAGAUGCUUAACAACUGCCAGUCCUGGUAAAGCCAACUCCAACAGAGAAUCUACUGUUAUUUUAGGAAUUACUGCUGAUUGUUCUCAUUUUUGUCACUAUUGCAUCAAGGGUAGUGGGAAUACUGCAGUAGUUUUCUCUCUGUGUUUUAUUUUUUAAUCAUACGAAUUGGAAACAAACAAACAAAGAGUGAAUUAUCCAUCACAGUUACAGCGGUGUUACACUGUUUUCUAGAACUACACUGUGUAUAGUUGCUGUGUUAUAUGCUUUAAUAGUAUAGAAACAGAUCUGGGAGUGGGAAAGAACUUGAUUAAAACCCAUAUAUUGAGACUUUAGAAAGCUGGUGUGCGUGUUUAGAAGUGAAUAAACGCAGCUCUGUAAACCAACUUUCUUUACUUGCCAAACUUUGAAAUGUUAGUAGAACAAGCAAAAGCAAAAAUGGCAUUCCAAAUCAAAGAGCAGAAGAUGCCACUUGGCUGGAAGGAAACAGAUAUACCCUGAAUAGUACCUCAACCUGAGCAUUAAGGAGCACCUUCUACACAACCCGAGAGUAGAACUCUUCUCUCAAUUCACAUUUCCAUAUCUUCCAUUCUGUAUAAGGGCAGAAGUAGUGGAGAAGAGACAGAAGAUAAUUCAAAACCCAAUUCUCAUGCUUAUUGGUUUUAUGCGUAGGUUCACAUUCGUACACAAAUAUCUGUAUUUUGUAAUGUGUGAAUGCAGCAAUUUCCCACAGUGUAUAUUGGGGUCAAAAAUUACACUGCUAUUAUUUGGCCAUUUCCAAGUCAACAAAAUAGUCUCAUCCCCAUCACAAACAUAGACCUGAGUGUAAGAAAAUGUUACAUCUCAUUAGUGUUGGUCUGGUGGAAACAUAAGGUACAAUGCUUUUGUAUUUCAAAACAGACAAUUGUAUGUUAUUUGAAUAGCUCUUGUAGUUUGAUCAGAGAAAAUAGCAAGGUAUUGAUGCUAUGAGCUAUGUAUCUUUUAAAGAGGAAGUUCAUUUUUCACUUUAAAAAAAAAUCAAGUCGUAUUUUCAGUCUCCACAAAGCACCUCUUGGGUUCAUUCCCGCACAUCUGUGAAAGUUUAUAUUAGAUAAACCUAUAUUACAUCCUGAGAUGGCUUAUUCCCAUGUAACAUUGUAUACUACAGAAAUGGCAACAUUAAUAAGAAAAGUAACUACUUGAGAUCUGUGGAUUUUCAUGUUAGAGCCAAAUGGAAUAUAGUAAGCAGGUGAACUUGAUGUAUCUGAAAGGAAUGAUGUAUUUGUAUUGAUGUUUCAAAAAUCACUUUUACUGGCCCUGAACAUAAAAGGAUACUUAAAAGUUCUAAAGACUACUCCUGUUUUCCAUAACUUAGCAAAAGCCUAGAAAAAAGCAUUUAGGUCAUGGGUGUCACACUGUGGCCCUCCAGUUGAAGCUGGCCUACAGCUCCCAUCAUCCCAGUCACAGUGGCCAGUAGUCAGGGGCCAGGGGGGCUGUAGGCCAACAUCAGCAGGAUGGCUGCAGUUUGACACCCGUGAGACCAAUGCUGAAGUAUCUAUUUAUUUACAGCACACCAGCACUUCAUCAUCCAGUUAUUUAUACUUAAUAUACCAGCCUUCUUUGUUGAGUUUAUGUUUUCUUGUUAGAGUUAAACAUUUUCCCAAAUGCAAGAUACUGUAAUUUGGGGAAGAAAGGCUGCAUUGGUGUAAAGUCUGCAGUAAGGGAAAAGCUGAAAAAUUGCAGAAACACUGCAUUGGCAUGAACGCCACAGUUAAAGGGGGACAUCAUACUUUUUUUUCCAGGUUGUGUUGAAUGCUUAAAAUUUUACUUCAACUUGAUCCUGAAUUCUAGCAUAAAAGCCACAUUGGUGUAAAGGCCACAAGCGGCAAUAAACAACUUUUAAUAACUUACCCACAGUGGCCAUUCUAGCCCAAAUUAUGGUAAUUUAAAAAUGUGCAUACUGCCAGGGUCGCCUUCAAGUUACACUGAAUACCACUAGUGUUUUGCUGUAUACCUGAUAUAUUCUUCUUCAUGUUGUUUAGGAUUAUAGUUACAGAAAUACAUUCGCCAGUUUUAUAAAGUAGACACCUGCACUGGAGUUUAUGUUGUUGCACCUUUGCAGAUUUUGCUGGGGUUUGCAAAGGUGAGGGAAUGGCUCAGUUCUAGUGCCACAUAUAGAGUGACUUCCCAUUCUCUUCUGUGAAGGGAAAUGCUCCAUACAUGUACCAGAUUUGCACAUUUCUCACAUUCCGGUUAUCCUUCUGUUCUGAGGAUGGGGAAUCCACUGCAUGCACAAAACACUGUGCACACUGGAGCCAUUAGAUUGUAGUCAUUCUAUGGCCCUGGUCUCACCUUCAAUACAUGUCUAUACUGCAUGUGUGGAAGUGGGAAGCAGGAUCUUACCCAGCUGUACCAUAGCCAACUUAACUCAUUUGGCAGAAACUGUGAAAAAUAACCCUGAGCAUAGGUUCUGAACACAUGAUUAGGAAUGGCACAAUUGUGGUUCCUACUGACGGAAGAAGCUACAUUUGUACAGUUGUAUAAAUUUAUACAUGCAUACGUUUAUGCAGUGGAGCUCUAUAUACAUGUACAUUUAUACAUUGGUAUAGAGCUCAAUGCAUACCUUUUGCUAACCACACAGUGUUUGGGGAUGGAGCCAGUGGGCACGAUUCCUUUCCCUCCACCACAUAUUCAGUAUAGAAAUGUGCAAUCAUUGUCAAUAAGGCUUAUAUCUAUUCUCCCCCACCUCAGUUCUAAUGCUAUGCUCAUAAAAAAACAAACACCUUAUGGCUUCUAUAGCUGUUAUAAACAAACUCGUAAUAAUUGUAGACACAGCGGUACUUCAUUGGCACUUCACUGAAAAGUGGUUUUUUUCCUCCUUUAAUAUUUUCCAAAAGUUAUAUUUUUAUAAUUUUGUUUUUGUUAAAAAUAUAUAUAGUUUUUGCAGCAGCUGACAUUUUCAGAUUGUUUGAUUGUUCAGAUUGUUGUUUCAUGUAUAUGCUAAAAUGUAGCAAUAAUGUCUUCUCAAUCCUUUUGGUUCUUAAGUCUUAAAAAAUAUUUUUAUAAACAUAUACAUAUAUAUAUAAGCAGCAACUGUAUGUAUAAAUAUGUGGAUGUUUGAAAGUUGCAUUGUUAAGGAAUUUAAAUAAAAGUGUAAAUAAUA